GGUUUGUUGGAUUUUGCAGCAAUGCAUUUUUUCCUAGAAAUUUGGGCUGUGAGUUUUGAUUUCCAGUAAAUAAUAUGGCUGUAAAUACUUGGAUAAUUGUUUUAAGCUGUUUUACCUAUCUAGUAGAAAGUGGACCUCUGAAUGCUACAAGAAAUUCAAAUGAAGAUUCAGAUGAUUUUGAAGUCAAAAUAAUAAACGGCAGAGAAGCUGAAGAAAAGGAAUUUCCGUGGAUGGUAGCUCUUCACUUCAAUGGAAAAUUUAUAUGCAGUGCCUCCUUAAUAUCCCCAUCAUUAGUUAUGACAGCUGCGCAUUGCGUAGAAUAUGAAAAUGGAGUUGAACCAGCUACAGAUUUCUUCGGUAUAGUUGGCAAUAUCAGACAUAAAGGCCCAGAAACUAAAAUAGAAUUCAGUGAAGUCAUCUCACAUCCUGAAUAUGGAGCCGGAACAGAAUAUGAUAUUGCAAUACUGAGGAUAGCAGAACCUUUGGAACUCAGUGACAGCAUAUCUCCCAUCUGUCUUCCUAAAGCUGGAAGAGAAUUUGAGUUAGAGUAUGCGCAAGCUAUGGGUUGGGGAGUGACAUCCACUGAUUCUGAUAAGCCAUCCGAAAUUUUGAGGACUACUUCUUUGGGUGUGCAACCUAAAAGUUUAUGUCAACUCUUUUUUGCAAUGAUGAUAAUCGCCAUCACGGACCGACAUGAGUGUGCUGUAGCCACAAGUGGAACUGGAGUGUGCUUUGGAGAUUCAGGAGGUCCUCUAGUAUAUGAGGAUGCAAUGACAGGCAAGCCUGUUGCUAUUGGAGUCUCUUCAUUCGGAACAGUGCUGGGUUGUGGAAGGCCAUUGGUUCCAAAUGUGUAUACUGCAACUGCAUCUUAUGCUAACUGGAUAGCUGAAACCGCAGGAGACAAUUCUGGCAUUUGUUUCGUGUGAGAUGAUAUAAAAAGAUUUGAUUAAAGUGUUAAUUAAUUUCAUC